AGAUGUGAUGAGAUUGCCUGUCAGUGAGCCUCAUUUCACUUUUCUGCAUCAAUCUGAGCCAACCUGUGUCACCUGCUUUGACUUUCACUCUCAGUUUGCACCCAAUGUGCAAAGGAAAAAAAUCAUUUCAGUUUAUUAACUUUGGUGACUUUGCAGGAGAUCAAAUGAUGAAGAAAAGUCCUCAUUUAUUGCUAAAUGUGAUUGUUUUAAGUGUUAUAUUUGUGAUUGCAGAUGGAUAUCGACCCGUCAUUAUAGUUCAUGGAUUAUUUGAUGGGCCAAGACAGUUCAUCAAGCUGGCCAGCUUUAUCAAUAAGACUCACCCAGGGACCAAUGUGACUACAAUAGACAUGUAUGAUGACAUGGCCAGCCUGAAGCCUCUGUGGCAGCAAGUCCGGGGUGUCCAAAAAUCAAUUGGACCUAUAAUGGAGAACGCAAAAGAUGGCAUCCAUCUCAUCUGUUUCUCACAAGGGGGUUUGGUAUGCCGUGGAGUUAUUGCAACACUUCCCAGGCACAAUGUCCACUCCCUGAUCUUCCUGUCAUCACCGCUGUCUGGCCAGUACGGAAUUACAUCAUACCUGAGGCAUGCCUUUCCUGACUGCUUUAGGAAGCUUGUUUAUCAACUGUGCUAUAACAUCUUUGGACAAAAGAUCUCGAUCUGCAACUUCUGGAAUGAUCCACACCAGAGAGAGAAGUACUUGAAAAGCAACAAAUAUCUUGCCCCACUGAAUGGUGAGAUCAACCAUCCCAAUUUGACAGCAUGGCGAGAACACUUUUUGGAUAUUAAGCAGUUGGUGCUGAUUGGAGGACCAGAUGAUGGCGUCAUUACACCCUGGCAGUCAAGUCAAUUUGGAUUCUAUAACAGCAAUGAAACUGUGGUUGAAAUGAAACAACAGGAUUGGUACCAGACGGAUGUGUUUGGACUGAAGACACUUGACUCCAGAGGAGACCUGGCCCAGUGUGUUUUCUCAGAUGUUGAACACAUUAACUGGCAUUCAAAUUUCACUGUGUACGAAAAUUGUAUUGAGAAGUGGCUCACAUAAGUAAGAGAAAUUGUGACAACCAUGAACCAUGACUGUUACCAUUCUGCAUUCACAGUUUUACAGAAAAAUGUCUGUGCUUGUGCAUAUACUGUACAUCGACUAUCCUUUAAAUGACGACUAUCUGAUUUGAUUUAGCUAUUUAUAAAUUAUUUACAAUGUAAAAGAGAGAAUUUUAACUGGAUGUCAAACAUACAUAUUGUUUUCCACACUAGACAGAUGAAGCUUGUUGUAAAAAAUAAAAAAUUAUAUUUGUG